AUGGAUCUCAUGAGUGGCCAUGUCUCCAGGAUGAAAGUCGAAUUGAAAUUGUUUCAGUACCACGGUGGGACCAUCAAAAAUGUUCGCCAAGCGGUUCAAGAGAUGGGAGGUUCGCUUCAAAUCGGAAUCGCUCUCGACACCAAAGGACCUGAGAUCCGAACUGGCUUGCUCACUGGUGGAGCAACUGCUGAGGUUGAACUCGUCAAGGGCAAAUCAAUCACUCUGACAAUUGAUGAGAAGUACAAGGAAGCCUGCACCGCCGAAACACUUUAUCUAGACUACAAAAACAUUGUUAAGGUUGUGAGCAAAGGAUCCCGUGUAUACGUCGACGAUGGCCUCAUCUCACUUGUUGUUAACGAGAUCAGCGGCAACUCCAUUUCAUGCACGAUCGAGAACGGUGGAAUGCUAGGUAGCCGCAAAGGUGUCAACCUACCUGGAACACCUGUCGACCUACCGGCUGUUUCUGAGAAAGAUAUUAAGGUGCGUUUC